AUGUACAGUACCUACGUGGCAUGGGCUGUGUUUAAGCUAGCAUGGAUGCCUAAGGCUAGCUUCCGCGUACUAAAUGCGCCUAGUGCGGGUGCCGGUGCGUCAUUCCGUUGUAUCAGAACUGAACUGGACAACCCCUCGUUCUCGCACUGCUUACCCCCUCCAAACCAGAUCCCUGAGGCGUCCUUUUUGGCCCGCGAAUACACCGACAUGAGCAUCUCCUUUGUCGAGGACCUCUGGUCCAGCGUGUUCACACCGGGGCCAACACAAAGCUUACUCGUGGCCACCAAUGCGACCUUUGCGGCGCUCCAGCUUGUUUUGUUCCUGCUGCUCGUUGCGACGUACAGUGUACAUUUCGUCAUUCUUUCGAUCCUCUCGGGAGCGCUGUGGUGGGCCAUCAAUUGGUUUGCCAUGGAAGUGCGAGCAGUCCAAGCGCGUCAGGAGGAAGAGAAAAGACAGCAGGAUGCUAUUGCUGAAAAGGAUAAAUCCAGGUCGAGCAGCAGGAUCAAUACCUCCGCGGAUGCAAAUGAUUCCGACACGGAAACAGAAGUUGGAGGAGUGUCAAGGACUAGAAGACGUCGGCCCGACGCAGCAAAUCCAACUUCUGCUGUUGAAUCCAACAAAUCCAGCGACGAUGACCAGCACAGCCAGAAGAAGGGCGUCCAAGGAGAGAGCUCAGGCUAUACAAGCACUGAUAGUGAAUGGGAGAAAGUGGAUAAAGACAAGUCGGCAUGA